AUGGAGACCUGGUUCCUCAUACUCAGCACCAUUUGCAUCACAACCAUCCUCACCCUUCUCAUCAUUCCCAAGAAAACCUCCAAAACCCAGCGGCUCCCUCCCGGACCCUUCACCGUUCCCAUUCUCGGCAACUUCCUAUGGCUCCGCAAGUCCUCCUCCGAGCGCGAGCGAAUGCUCCGCAACCUCCACGCUGGGUAUGGGCCCAUACUCACCCUCCGCCUCGGCUCGCGCCCGACUAUAAUCGUGACCAACCGAGUCCUAGCCCACAAAGCCCUCGUCCAGAACGGCGCUGUAUUCGCCGACCGCCCACCCGCCCUCCUCACCACCAAGACAUUUACCAGCAACCAGCACAACGUCAACUCCUCAUUCUACGACCCCACGUGGCGCAUCCUCCGCCGCAACCUCACCUCCGAGAUCCUCCACGAUUCGCGCGUCAAGUCCUACACCCGCGCCCGCAAGUGGGUCUUGGACUUCCUCAUAAACCGCCUUAUAUCUCACUCCACGACCGAAUCCGGCAACGUUAAACCUGUCGUCGUGGUUGACCAUUUCCGAUACGCCAUGGUUUGCUUGCUGGUACUCAUGUGCUUCGGGGACAAGCUUCGCGAGACCCAGAUAAAUGAAAUCGAAGACGUCCACCGUCACCUGCUUUUGAGAGCUGAAGGUUUUAAUGUACUCAACUUUUGGCCUUGGCUUGGAAAGAUAAUAUUCCGUAAGCGUUGGAAGGAGUUCUACGAUAUUUUCGAAGCCCGGAAGGCUGUACUAAUGCCUUUGAUAGAAGCGAGGAAGAGAGCGAAGCAGGAAAGAUUAAGCAAGGCAAGAGAGAAUGAGGAGGAGGAGUUUGUGGUGUCGUACGUGGAUACGUUGUUGGAUUUGGAGUUGCCGGAGGAGAAGAGGAAGCUUGAAGAAGGGGAAAUGGUUAGCUUGUGCUCGGAGUUUAUCAACGCGGGCACAGACACUACGGCCACGGCAUUGCAGUGGAUAAUGGCAAAUUUGGUGAAAUAUCCACACGUGCGAGAGAGGGUGUUGGGAGAGAUUAAAGGGGUGGUUGUGGGGGAUGGAGAGAAGGAGGUGAAGGAGGAGGAUUUGAAUAAGUUGGGGUAUUUGAAGGCAGUGGUUUUGGAGGGUUUAAGGCGGCACCCACCUUCGCGAUUUGUGCUGCCACAUGCGGUGACAGAGGAUGUGGUUUUGGAAGGCUACUUGGUGCCCAAGAAUGCUACUUUGAAUUUCUUGGUGGCGGAUAUGGGAUGGGACCCCAAGGUGUGGGAGGAUCCGAUGGAGUUCAAGCCUGAGAGAUUCAUGAUCGGUGGUGGAGGAGGGAAAGUGGUCGAUAUAACGGGAAGCAAAGAGAUCAAGAUGAUGCCUUUUGGGGUAGGGAGGAGAAUUUGUCCUGGGGCUGGCUUGGCCAUGCUUCAUUUGGAAUAUUUUGUGGCCAAUUUGGUAUGGAAUUUUGAUUGGAAAGCUGUGGAGGGAGAUGAGGUUGAUUUGUCAGAGAAGCAGGAGUUCACAGUGGUGAUGAAGUAUCCAUUGAAGGCUCAUCUAUCUCCCAGGUUUUAAAUGCAUGGUUUGUUAUGACUACAUGCGUAAAUCUAUAGGUAAUAAUUAAGAUGCCAAUGUUAACUGUGAACCAAACUCCACAGCUAUAUUAAUAAAUCGA